AUGGAGUCCGUUUUCACCUCAGUCGCCAAGACCAUGUGGGAACAGUACUCUUCCCCAGGCAGUGCGGCCUGUUCCGACGCGGGCACCGAAGUCGUCAAGGUCAGUUAGGUUGCCUGCCUGCAGCAAAGACACCAGGAGUGUGCGCAGGUCCUUGUAGAAUUUGUCAUCCGCACCUUAAGAGAUGGACAUUGGAGGACGAAGGCGCUGAUAAUGGGGGCAAAAAUGGACCUCCAAAGAGAUGGGCAGAGGGUCAUCAGUCGUUCGUUUAUGCCCUAAGACAGAGCAUUCAUCCCAUGAUGUCGUUACGAAAUCAAAGCAAUUGUUUCGUGGAGGGCAAAACAUACAUACACGCAUGACAGUUCGACCGUCGAUUUCAACUUCGUCUACCGCGUGCCUCAUAGCAGGAUGGAAGCAUGCUCGUUGACCUACGCGUGAAUUUGUUUAUAGUGACAUUGGACUUGCGCAGCAUCUACUGCCCCCUCCUCCUUUUCCAUCUGGGCUAGGUGUCAGGACAGAGUCAAGACGACCGAAGAUGAGGGAGUACGCACAUGGCUUGCGCUGCAACAACCUGCAUCUGAGCGUACGACAACAUUUUCCGAUCACAGCGAACACUUUCCUUUGCUGUUAAACAACAUCCACAACAAGAAAGGUGCAGCGGUCCCCGCUCCAGCUCAUACGGUGUUGACCUGUGUGUCCAUGCAUCCUAUCAUGCACUAGCGGGUCACAGCCUACACUUGGUUGCUGUUUGUGUACACCUAACCAUUACUGUACUUCUAACCCUACUCCUAUUCCUAACGCUAACACCAAAAUAUAAAAUAACACGGACUUUAAUGUUUAGGAUUAGGACUUGGGCUCCUAAAUAUUUGCGGUUGGAUUUGGGUAAAGAUUGCUAGUGUUGGAAGUUAGAAUUCGUGUUUAGGGUUUAGGUUUAGGGUGUACAGUUCGGGGUUGGCUUAGAUCUAGUGUUUAGGGCGUGGAGAUAGGGCUAGGAUUAAGGUCAGGCUUAGAUGUAGCGUUAAGAUUUUGCUUAUGCUUAGGUUUUUUAGUAAGGUCAGGGUGUGGAUUAAGGUUGGGAUUAGAAUAAUGUUUUGUUAACCAUAUACCCUCCUACCAAAUCCCAAUAAUGGAGAUUUUUUGACGUCUUUGGUCUGUGAUGUACUGAAAAGUGGCUAAACCGCUUUGGGUUUGUUCACAGGCCUAGACCUGCAGAGCAUCCGCGUACUCCAUAGCUUACCUUCUAUAUUACUCCUGGGGGUUCCAUACAUAUAACCCCCUUCAUAUAUGAUGGCUAAAUUGCCAAUAAGCUUGCAUUACUUCAACUGAGUCAUGCACUAUUUCUUAUGGUAUCUGCUACAGCGUGGGCGCGCCGUCAAAAUAACUUGAUUUUCCUUUAUGCAGCUUGCCUACGACCGUCUAUCCGGUUGCGGUCCUACGGGGUAAGUUAGUGACUCCUAUUUCGGUGUGCAGCCUUCCGCCAUUUUGGGCGACUAUAUAGUGGCACUCGGUUUCUCUAACCUGUUUCUGUCUAAGUACGCCCAGGAAUGACAUUUUCUAUAUACACUGGCACGGUUAGGUGUCCGCCAUUUCGUAAUUCAUAUACUACACCCUUCGCGUGAAGUAGCGGUAGCCCUGGUGUCCAGCUUUCUGGUGCUACUGUGUGUCUAGGUAGAUUUCGGCACGUGACGGCCGUCUGCCUGGGGUUGAAAUUCCAUAGGUUCCGUGAGUUCGGUCCUUCUUUGGCAGCAUUCGAUUACCUUGGGAGGAUGGUUGUCUGCGAAACUUCCUCCAACAGGCAGGACGACUUGACCUGCGAUUCUUUUAGCCUACGGCUGAUUGGUCUUCAUUAUUCAGGGAUCUGAUUUAAAAAAAUCUGGAUUAUAAGAGCAUUAUUUCUGUGUUCCAUAAUAAAUCAUCUCCUUUCUUUCUUUUUUUCCCAUCAGCUAGCGCUCAAACGCUUUAAAGCAAUAUCGGACUGCCUAUGUCUUUUAGCGUUCUCAACUUCAUCUGCGUGUUCCAUCGCUGCAUCACAUCGGGUAUCAUUUUUGCUAUAACCUUAACAAAUUCCCCUUAGCUGCGAUCGAUUACUAUGGACUGGGGUCAGUUCACCUUCAUUUUCUGACAAACACCCAAACCUGCCGUACUAGUCGCUCAUUUCUAAGUCUUUAAUUUCGAAUUUUUCAUAUUGCACGUUCUCUUUCGAUCCCUCUUCGGAGUAUUUUGACAAGCCAAUGGUGUCAGUGCGAUUUUUCACGUGCUUCCUCCCUAAAAUAAGUCUUCUGUAGCUUUUUAAAGCUCCACGCAUAAAAUCUCGCAAUACAGGAGUCCUUACUUCCAUACUUUAGUGGCGCCUCGUUGGGGAACUUCUGGGGACGAUGAGCAUUUCCAGUUCCUAUCGAACUAAAUUCGACAUCAAAAACCGUGCUGUUCGGAAAACAACAAUCAGGAACCGCCCCAUUGAUUUUAAGAUUAUUCGCCACAGAGUUCCUGAAGAUCCGACUGACUGCCAUCUACGAUGCCUUAUACCUUAUCGUUUGCGGCACUAUCCGAGCGGGCAUUACAUGAGUUCAAAAGACUUCUGAAGUUAGGAAAGGCCACACCGAUUACGUCAGGCUCUACCUGGAUGGCCUUUUCAGAACUUGCGGUCGAUGUACUGGGUGAUUCUUAUUUCUACGUAAUACAAAUGUCAUUUGAGGAAGCCGAACUCCCGGCAGAAUGCAAGUGCGCACUCGUCACUUCGAUCCAUAAAUGAGGUUCACAAUUUGACUGCGAAAAUUAUCGUCCCGUCAGUCUUACUUGUAUUGCGUGUAAAAUAAUGGAAAGCAUUAUCAAAAGUCAGUGGAUGCCAUAUCCGGAAAAAAAACAAAAUAUUGUAUGAUUUCCAAUAUGGCUUUCGUCCAGGACGCUCCUGCCUAACGAGUGUUGUUUACCUGCAUAAGAAAUGGAUAAGAGCUACCAAUAAGGGCUAUCCAGUAGAUGUCAUAUUUUUUGACUUCAAGAAGGCCUUUGAUAGUGUCUCAUACAGGCUUCUUUUACAGAAGAUCUGGGAUGUAGGAAUUUAAAGAAGGAUAUUUAAAUGGAUCAGGGGUUUUCUGUCCUCCAGAGUACAAAGAGUCGUCGUUGGAAACUCUACCUCGGAAUGGGCAAAGGCGAAAUUGGUGUCCCACAGGGUUCUGUUUUAGGUUCACUACUCUUCCUGAUUCAUGUUAAUGACUGUAUCAGCGAACUGGAUUGCGAGGCCCUUAUUUUCGCAGACGACAUAAAAUUAUGGACUGAAAUCAGAUGCGAUGAUGACGUAAAGAAUUUGGAAUCCAACAUUGACAAACGGAGUGUUUGGUAGAACAUAGGCUUUUGAAUUUUAACGUGUGCAUAUGCGUGGUCUCGCAUCUAAACGCUGGCCGAAAUGCAUCUCCCAAACAUCAUUACUAUAUUAACGGUGCGGCGCUAGAAACGAUAGAAAGACACAGGGAUAUGGGUGUAUGGGCGACCACAAAUCUAAUGUCGUCAGAACACCGUAGGAAGAUGGUCCAGAAGGCAACAAGUACUUUACAUUGGACCGGACAUGCGUUCAAAAUAUUCCCUCCCGAACUAUUCGAAAGACCUUUUGUCUUCUUUGUAAGACCCCAUCUGGAGUAUGGAAUGCCAGAAGCUUCACCAUGGAUGAGGAUGGAUAUUGACUUACUUGAACAGACGCAAAGCAGAGCAACGAAGAUGGUGGACGGUCUAAAACACCUCUCUUUUCAGGAGAGGCUAAACGUGCUUGGCUUAUUCCCUCUCUCUUAUAGUCCGCUAAACUGUAGUCUACACUGGACAUUCUGAAGUGUCCGCGGCCAAGUUUGGUCACUAAGAACGUUGAACUUUUUAAUUUUCCCGUACAAACCAAUUUCGCGUCAUCCUUACAAAGUCAAGAGUGAACGCCCGCGGCUAGACCCUAGACAGUUUUUAUUCGGCCAGUGAGUUGUCUGGCCGCGGAACUUGAUACCAAGUGAGAUCGUAAGUCGCCACAAGUCGCAUGUUUAAAAGAAAACUUUCUCGCUUGAUUUUCGAUAGAAACCGGCUUUUGCAUGACUACUCACAGCCAGUUCGGUAACACUUUGUCAUGCACAAUCUUUCCGCACUGACUUACAGUGAGCAGAUCCGCUUCCUUAUAUUCACGACUGUAUUGUGACCCGGUCACACUGUAAAUGCUUGCAACUUUAGAUUGAGUGCGAAUGUGAGAAAGCCUUUUGCAUAAAUAGGGUCAUCAAGUGCUCCGUCUCCGACAGUUCCACCAUCGUUUCCGACGAUGCCCACCGUGUGACGCACAGCAAGGUUGAGCAGGAAUAGUGACUUGCGCGUGAAUAAGUUUAGUGAUAACAGACUUGCGCAGCAUCCGCCGCUCUCUCUCUCUCGUCCUCACUCCCCAUCUGGACCCGGUGUCAAGGGCCAUGGUUUGCUGAUACUGACUUAACACACGCCUUCAGACCAUUUGACCCAGAAGGGCGGCACGUGGGCCUGCAUUUAGCCUGGGCCGUCACCCUUCAAGGUUAGGUAAUCAAACAGUCGUCGACUGAGAGGCACUACUCAUAAAGUACACACCCUCUCCCUACAUACGUGAAUGUCACAUAUCGCCUGAGGAGGGGCCGUGACAGCCUAUCCCUCAGCCCACCAGUCCGCCGAUCCGCCCGAAACACAUAACUCGACGGACUGCGUUGGCUGAGUUGGGACGUCAUUCAGCAAUCUUCCAAGUCACGCCGCUUGACGCGCCGUGAUAGUCUCAGACUCGAGUCACACAUGCAGAAAACGAACCGCAUGGAGACGGAGUCGAGGCGCACAUUUCCCGCUUGCGCGGGAGGUGGCAUUUUGGUGCUUGUGGUGGUGAUGUUGACGUGCAAUGAGAUGGGGGCGAGGAAAGAUGUGGUGGUGUGGUGCAACCGGUGGUUGUCUGCCGCAGGUUUUCCUAGACGCGCAGGGGGACCAGUAGAUGCAUGAGGUGAAUAAAUGUGCGAUUUCAAGGUGGACAUUGGAGGCGAAUGCGGCGAGUGUAAAUUGAUGCUCCAGGCACUGGUUCGUCCGUCCCUGUACGAUGGGCUACCAAUUGACCGACAAGGCCGAUGUGUGAAGUGAAUGUAGGGGGACAGUGUGGAUAUAAAAAGUCCGUAGUGCUAAUAUCAGCUACGGUAAUGAUAGUGCUGGAAGUGGUAGUAGCGGGCGCAAUGGACGACGGAAUGUGGGUUGGGUUUAGCGUGGUGGGUGUGCAGGAUGUGCUGGGUGUACCAAAAUUGCGGUCAGUUCCGCUCUCUUGGAUAUGCAUGUGACCGAAUAGGCUCAUGCGGUGAAAGAAGGUGCUGGUGCAGUGUGGACAGUGGAGGCGAAUGCGACGAGUGUAAAUUUCUGCUCCAGGCGCUGGUCCGCCAGUCUCUGUGCAUUGGAUUCGAAAGUGACCGACCAGGCCGAUGUGUGAGAUGAAGGUGCGGUCGCAGUCAGGACAGGUAAAGGACAGGUGCUCACCACUGGUGUCGACAAUGGCGGCGUUGGUUAGGUCAGUAAAGGUCAGUAUAUUUAAAGGGUGAUAGGUAAUGCAUUCGAAAGCCCUAUUAAAAACGAUACAUGUAAUAUAUAACUUUAAAUAAGCACGCUACUAAAAUGUCGUCAGUAAUGCAUAUAUCUUACAUAAUAUUGCCCUGUGAAAUGCAGGCCUAAACUCGUGAGCACUGAGUUGUAGGUGCUAACGGUAAAAUGAAAUGACAGCCAUCCGCAUUAGCGGUAGGUGUAUGCAAGGCGUUGGUUUGGCGCAAUAGACAUGUUCUGUCCAGCUAAACGGCAUUUUCAAGAAAAUAUGCACCUAGUCUUGGCUCAAAUGUCUCCGUGGAAUCCGCCACUAUUAUGUCCUCGGGAAGUCCGUUUCAGGCACCGACGACUCGCUGCAAAAAAGAGUACUUUCAAACGUCCAGGCGGCAUUGGGAUUCUCUAAGUUUUAGAGAGUUCCCACGCAGGUUUGUUGUUGUGGUCAAGGUGAAGAAAUCAUCGAGAUGCAGGGCACAGUCCUCGUUCCUCAAAAUCCGGUACGCCUGUAUGAGAUCUUUUUGGAUCUGCCUGUACUUAAGAGGAAGUAGGCUAAGCCCAUUAAGUCUGCAGUUGUAAGGUAAAAUCUCGAGGCUUUUUACAAUUUCGGCCGCUCUCCUCUGAACUAUUUCCAGCAACUUAUAGUCUUUCUUCAGCCAUGGGUGUCACGCUUUGUUUCCAUAUUCCAGAUUCGAACGAAUGAACGCUCCGUUUUUUUUUCCAAAUAACCCUUUGUCCAUAUCUACGAAAGUUCGUUUAAUGGCAAAGCGAACACCGGUUGAACUUUUGGCCUCCCUAACGUAUUGAGGGGAGGACUUAAGAGUCGACAAAAUGUUGACGCCAAGAUCUUUUUGUUCAGUUAAAUUUGAAAGGCAUUUCCAUUUGUUUUGAUUUGUAGCGCGACGCAUUUCACAAGGUUAAAUUUAGCAGUCAUUUGUCGGACCAUUUACAUAGGCGGUUCAGUCCUUCUUGCAGUGUUCGUUUAUUUUCCCCGCUGAUCGCUCGCAAUAACCUGAUGUCAUCAGCAAACAUGACUCCGCUGUAGUCCAAUCCAUUCAUACAGUCGUGGGAAUAAAUUAAAUACAGUACUGGUUCGAGCAUAGAACCCUGGGGAACUCCACUCACAACUGGUACUGGCGCUGACUUCACACUGUGAUCGGCCAUUCAGAAAGCCCUUUGCCCAGUUUAAUAGAUUUCUCCUUAUCCCGUACUGUCGGACCACGUAAACUAACUGGUGGCGCAAAACACUAUCAAGGGCUUUCUUGAAAUCGAUGUAAAUGAUAUCGACGCUUGUUUCUUUGUCUAAUGAGCGAGACCACUGCUUCACUGAAUAGAGCAUAUUUGUUAAUCAGGAGUGAUUUCAUCGAAGGUAAUGUAAGGAAUUAUCAAAUAAAUUCUUUCCUUCAAGGAACUUCAUAAUCACUUAUUUGGCUAAUCUCUGCAUACCUUUGCAACAAAUGUGCGCUAGACUCACCGGUCGAUAAUAGUUUUCACUUGUUCUAGAUCUGCCCUUGUGAAUGGGGUAUACAUUCGUCAGUUUCCAACCAGGAGGGGAAAUGCCUCGGUCAAUGGACGACUGGAGAACAUGCAAAGCGCUCUGGCGAGUUUGCGUGCCAAUUCCCUUAGAACUUUUGCCGGUGUUUGGUCUGGACCCGGAGACUUAUCCUACUUAAGCGCUAGAAGUUCCUUCCUCACAUCUCUUUCCGUGAAGUCGAGGUUUUCCAUUAUUUCGUUAGUUGUUCCAUUGGGAAAUUCAGCUUCCUCACAGUCCGUUUCAUCGGUGAAGGGAGAUGCGAAAAAACGGUGAAUAUGUUCUGCCUUAGCGUCGUUUUCGAUGAUAUCUUCAUUGUUUUCUUAUUUUAUGAUUGUUUAAUGUGUUUAGACAUGGCGGAUGCCACAACCGCAGGCGUUGAGGCAAUGGGGGAGGAGGAGUUGGUUGGUAUUGGUGGUUUGGGAGGGCGCUCAGUGCUAAUUGACGGCGUAGAAGAGGUGGGCGGAAAGACAAUGUUUGGUGCAGUCCGAGUACUGCAGUUGGUCCGAAGGUGUCCAAGAAGUCGACUUGACGCCUGGAAUGUCCGUUGACCCCGUGGAUACGUUGGAGGCGAUUAGGCGUUUACGUUGCAAGGUGGGCGCAGUUGAGAUUUGCCUGCUUCGCGUUUGGCUUCCGCGGCGAUGAUGCGGUUGGCUUCGUAGACCGCUUCGCCUAUCUUCUCUGGCCUUCCGCAGAUAAGUUAGUCUCGAGCCAGAACUUCCCAAUUGGCAGGGUUGAUCUGAAGACGCUUCUGUGAGGUCUUCAGAGUGUCCUCAUAUCGGCGGAUUUGGUCUCCUUGGCUGCAGGAACCCGUGGCGAAAUCCUCUUAGAAGAGUCGUUUGGGUGGCCGCUCGUCAUCCGUCCGCACGAGGCGGCCACUCCAACGCAGAUGCAGUUGUCUCAGCAUGGCGAAAAUGCUGAGUAUUCCCGUCCACUCCAGAAAUUCAGUGUCGGGAAUUCCGUCCUGACACCUCGGCUUCAAUAUCUGUCGAAGACAGUUGAUGUGGAAGUGAUUUAUUCUUCGCACCUGCAUCUUAUAGAACGUCCAGGUUUCCGCUCCCUACAAGAGCGUCGGCAGGACGACUGCCUGUACAUCCUCAGCUUCGUGCUGAGGUCAAGACCGUGGAGAUUCCAGGCUGGACAUUGCAGACGGCCGAAGGCUUGAGUGGCUUUGGAAAUCCGACGGGAAACUUAAUCGUCGAUCUUGGUGGUGCAGGAGAGGAUGCUGCCAGAAAGGGAAGUUGUUCACCACUUGCAGGUGACUUCAGUCCACAGUGAUUUGCGGCGCAUUCUGGGCAGUGUUGGGAGGCGGUUGCUGCAUCUUCACCCACUUCUCCGUGUAGAUGACCAGGUGGAAGCUGUCGCAGGCGACGGCGAAGAGAUCCAUGCAAGUUUGCACGUUCUCUUGAAGGUUGCGUUGAAUGCGCAGUUGUCCGCUAAGAAAAGUUAGUUGUGCAGCUCCCAGGGCGUUCGUCACGGUAGUCGUCAAUCAACAUUGCAGAUAACAUAAGACUGAGGAGAGUGGGCGCGAUGACGCAGUCCUACUCCACUCCGUUGGUCACUAAGAAUGCAUCUGAGACAGCUCCAUUGUCCAUGACUCGCGCCAUCAUGCCAUCGUGGAGGUGACUCACCAUCUCAGUGAAUCGUUCGGGACAGUCGAAUUCCUGCUUGAUUUUCCACAGUUCUUCGCGAUUCACCCUGUCGAAGGCUUUCGUCAGAUCUACGAAAGUAGAGUGCCGGUGGCUCCGCAUCUCCUGACAAUUCUCCUGCAGCUAACGGAGGACGAGGAUUAUGUCCGUGGUCCCACGAUGACGGCAAAAGCCGCACUGACUUGCCAGCAAAAGACCAUGUUCCAAGUGGCUGUUCAGGCAGUUGAGAAGGAUUCGAGGGAAGAUCCUCCCGACGAUGUUCAGCAGAGAGAUGCCUCUGUGAUUGUCGCAGAACAGGCGGUUAUCUUUCCGCUUAUACAGAUGGCCGAUUGUGGCGUCCCUGAAAUCCUGCCAGAUUUCUCCUUGAAAUUACCUCUACUGGAAUAG